AUGGCUUCACCCGCUGGUAUCGGAAACGAAGAAGCAGCACCUUUGCUUGCGACAUCAUCAACAUCAACCAAUGGUGUAAUCCGAUCGCAGUAUCAAUCCUUAGGUCACAGUUAUAGUACCAAUGAGGACGUCAACGAUGAUACCAGUACUGUAGAUGCCACGUCGUGGGCUCUCAACCAGAGCGCACGCAGACUCUACAUCUCUCACACCUUGUCAACAUGGAACUCUCGUGUCUUCGAAUUCGGGAGUGUACUAUAUCUCGCUUCUAUCUUUCCUGGAACAUUGAUGCCUCUUGCAGUAUAUUCAAUGGUUAGAGGAGCUGCUGCAAUCAUGUUAUCAUCCUGGGUUGGUCACUACAUCGACCGCAAUGACCGCCUCAAGACGGUGAGGUUGUCGAUAAUGUCCCAGCGACUUUCUGUUGCUGUCUGUUGCGUCAUAUUCUUUGUACUGGGUAAGGUUCAAGCUGUCUCGCGCGAGUUGCGGAUUGGUUUGCUCGCAGUCUUGAUUCUCAUGGCUUGUAUUGAAAAGCUGGCCGCCAUAAUGAAUCUCGUCUCAGUUGAGAGAGACUGGGUCAUCGUUGUGGCUCGCUCAGACACUACUGCACUCCGAACUAUGAAUUCGCAGAUGAGGCGUAUCGACCUUGUUUGUAAACUCCUUGGGCCGUUUUUCAUAGGAAUUAUCGAUGGUAUAUCCACGGAAACGGCAAUUCUUUUAAACUUGUCGAUGAACUGCGCUUCGGUCGUGAUCGAGUAUUUUACCAUUGCCAAGGUUUACUACCAGGUACCUGAGCUACAACAAGCAAAGACCACGCCUCAUAUUGCACCGCUCAACAAUGAAGACACACAGCAGGGUCGCCAAAAUCUUUGGAUCUCAUUCAGAAAAGGGUUGCAAAAGGCGUUGAGUGACCUCCGUCUUUAUUUUACCCAUCCAGCCUUUGCCCCCUCCUUUUCGAUGGCUCUUCUUUACUGCACAGUUCUGUCUUUCGGUGGAGUCAUGGUCACGUAUCUGCUGUCAAGCGGAUAUACUUCAUCCCAAAUCGCCGCAAUGAGAACAGUCUCGGUGGGAUUCGAAGUCCUGGCUACAUGGAUCGGGCCCUGGCUGAUGAAAAAGAUUGGGCCAGUCCGUGCUGGUCUUUGGUUUUUGAGUUGGCAACUGGGGUGCUUAGCAGUUGGUGUAUCCAUAUUCUGGCGAUACGCCGAUAAUGUUCUCGUCUCAACACUAGGCCUUGUAUGUGGCUCGAUGCUGAGUAGGGUCGGGCUCUGGGGCGUUGAUCUUUCGGCGCAAGUCAUCAUACAAGAGGAAGUUGAGCCUGAGAAUCGAGGAGCCUUUUCUGCUGUGGAAGCAAGCUGGCAAAAUGUAUUCGAGAUGUGUUCAUUCACGUCGACUAUCAUCUUCUCGUCGCCUACACAGUUCCACAACCCUACGGCAAUCAGCGUAACGGCGGUAUUCUUUGCAUGGGCUCUGUACAGCUCAUUUGUGAAGAAGCGACGAGGCCAUCUUGUUCACUGGCCAAGUUGCAUCUCCCCAGAAAAGCAACAAGCGACAAUAGACGAGUUGUUCGAGACCAUGCCUUCGAGGCGGAGAGAGGGGCUCUAA